GCAUUCGCGCGGUGCUGCUCACAAUUUCGCCUGCAUCCGACGAGUGCAGAGGUGCACCAACGCCGGUACUUGGAGGGCCCAUCUGCGUGAGCGGCGCCUGUGGAGAGCGCGAAGGGAUCAUCUCGCGGCCCAACUGAUCGAUGACCCGCAUGGCGGAAAAUCAAUCUGGCGGAAUCUGCUGCAGUGGCAAAGCGGCGGCUUGGCCCGCGGCCCGCAGGCGAGAAGAUCGUCUGCUCCUUUUCGUUUUGACGAUGUAGCGGUACUUUGGUGGGUCCUGAAGCGAGGAAUAAACCUGCUCUUGUGCGUGGCAAGGCUAGUGACUGCGCCGAAACCCGUUUUAUACUUGGAUUUUCGUAUAAAAUGACAAUCAUCUGUGACAAUUAUUGCCGACAACAUUCGAGUUGAACUCGCUGUGCCUUAAAAACGCGGAUUUCCAAGGAAAACGCAGGUCAAUCUAAUCAUGCAGAAGGAGGGCAAAAAGGCGACCCUCGCGUCCCAGGAGACGCUCUCUACGUCGUCCGAGGUGAACGCAGAAGCCCCUGAGAAGACAAAAAAACAGUCGUCCGGAAUUGGAGAACCGAGUGUAUUCCAUGCUCUUGUGGUUAUUUUUCUUGAGUUCUUUGCGUGGGGGCUUCUGACUGUACCUAUCAUUGCUGUGCUAAAUGAUACGUUUCCCGAUCACACCUUCCUAAUGAACGGAUUAAUUAUGGGUAUCAAGGGUUUCCUCUCGUUCAUGAGCGCGCCCCUGAUUGGCGCCCUGUCCGACGUGUGGGGCCGAAAGUUUUUCCUGCUCAUCACCGUUUUCUUCACGUGUUCGCCUAUCCCGCUGAUGACCAUCAACACGUGGUGGUUUUUCGCCAUGAUCUCCAUCUCGGGCGUGUUUGCCGUCACCUUUUCAGUUGUCUUUGCUUAUGUGGCCGACGUGACCGAAGAGAGUGAGCGCAGUCUGGCCUAUGGACAGGUCUCUGCCACUUUUGCUGCAAGCAUGGUGAUUUCACCUGCCCUGGGUGCCUACUUAAUGGACAUGUACGGAGAAUCCGUGGUCGUUGCUCUGGCCACGGCCAUCGCGGUUUUAGACGUCUUUUUCAUUCUGGUCGCAGUGCCGGAAUCCUUGCCUGAAAAAAUAAGACCGUCGUCGUGGGGCGCCCCCAUCUCCUGGGAACAGGCAGACCCCUUUGCUGCACUUAAGAAAGUUCGCAAGGACCCGACUAUUUUAAUGUUAUGCGUGACAGUAUUUCUCUCGUACUUGCCCGAAGCUGGCCAAUACUCAUGUAUCUUCGUUUAUCUUAAAUUAGUGAUGGGAUUCAGUGUGGUCAUGGUGGCAAUAUUCAUUGCUGUAAUUGGCAUCCUCUCAGUUUGCGCCCAGCUGAUUCUUGGCUUCUUGAUGAGGGUGUUGGGCUCGAAGAAGACCAUCAUGGUAGGACUCUUCCUGGAAAUGCUGCAGCUCCUGUGGUACGGUCUUGGCUCACAAACUUGGAUGAUGUGGGCUGCAGGACUUUUGGCCUCGAUUUCCAGCAUCACCUACCCAGCUAUCAGCGCAUUUGUAUCCAUGCACACUGAUGCUGACAAGCAAGGUUUGGUGCAAGGAAUGGUCACUGGAAUGAGAGGGCUUUGCAAUGGUCUUGGCCCUGCUAUGUUUGGCGUCAUUUUUUACCUUUUCCACGUUGACUUGAAUGAAGUCAGCUCCCCUUCACCCAUCGCUUCAAACAUUUCACGCACUCCUGAAGUCCACUGGCGUCACUCGGAUCAGGCGUUGCCGGGUCCCCCUUUUGUUUUUGGAGCUGCCCUGGUGGUAUGCGCCCUUCUUGUUGCGUACUUCAUACCUGAGGGAAGUUCAAUGGGAAGUAACCUGCGCCCAACUGCAUCACGGAGACACUCAGGUUUGUCCGUGGAAAUACAGUACGAGUUGGAUAGGAAAAAGCAUGACACACCUGGACCUCAUUCACCACUAGUGGAGGACCCUGAUAUACUGUAAGAUUCUUCAUCUUGACACACAGACAUUACAGAUAACACAAAAACUAGUCCCCAGUUAAACUGUAUCUCUUUCAAAGUUACUUUUCGUGUAUGAUGAGUGUUCCUGCACUCUCCGCAAGAAAAAAAAACAAGGACGUUCCCUUGAAAGCCAAUGGUUACAUACAAUAUUAUUGUAAAUGUUUUAGAUAAUUGUAUAUAUAUCAUGUUAAACAAUAGUUUGUUUCGGAGGCGCACUAAAUAUAAAGAACUUGUAUUUUUUCAAAAGAACUCAUUAUUACUUGAUUUUUUUCUAAGACAUUGAUAACAGAGCAUUUCAUCAUGGCGCCUCCUUUAAAAUUUUGGCCGAUUAAGAGCUCGUAAUUAUGUUUUGUUUUUGAACCAGCUGACUCUUUUUAGCAGAUCAACUUACGUAGCAGGAAAGACAUUCUAUUGUAAUUGUGCAUUUAGAGCUGUUUCCAAUUCAGUUAGAUGCAGUUGUUAAAGUGGUUCUGCUCAUUUUAGCUAUGGAUGUGUUAUAGAUUUAUAGAGUAUUUAUAACAAAUCCAUGGUUUCAGCAGACCAGUCUGUGUCCUAUUGACCAUGUCUUUAGGUGUCAAAAAAUUUUAAGACAAAACAUUAGCACUUAAAUGUGAAAUACCAAAAUUUAGGAACCCAACCAGGUUUAUCAGUUAUGAUCUCAUAGAUGGAAGAUUGUGACAAGUAUAACCAUCAUGUAACCCAACCACUUUGUCAUGGUAGCGUGGGAAUUAAAAAAAAAACUUAUGGAAAUCUGUAGACUCC